ACCAAAGUCGGGCGCAUAGUCAGACGCCGUGCGACCGCAGUUCAGCAUGUCGUCUGCCGCUGACCAGAUCUCGCAAAAGGAACAACGACAGCCACUGCCAGCCGAUCCGGACUGGCUGUCGGGCGUGAUAAGUCGACUGAUCGACAAACCGCAGAACGCGGUCACAGUCAUCACUGAUGAGACUUGUACCACGCCCGCCGUAGCCGAUCCUCACAACGUGCUCAGUUCCAUAGUAGCCGUUCACAUCGUCUACAGCGUUGAAGGUUUUCAGGGUACACAAUCACUGGACGUGGUUAUCAAGAGCUUACCGCAAGAGCCUUAUUCUAGAGCGUUUGUACUAGAAGCUCAGUUCGACUACAGAGAAGUGCACUUUUAUAACACGGUGCUAACUGAAUUAAAAGACCUAGAAGAAAAUACACUUCAACUAAACGACCGGACCACGAUGGGUGACAUGCCAAUAGCUAAAUGCUACUUUGCCGGUAUGAACGCCAACGGUCGUGAUGAAUCUAUGCUAGUACUAGAGGACCUAUCUAAACGGGGCUUUACGGCAGCCGACUUUACCACGGGACUGACAUUUAAAGAAGCAAAACUUGCCUUACGCUCCAUAGCCCGUAUUCACGCGACUUCGUUGGCGUUAAAGCUUAAACACGGACCAUUAACAGAACGCUGGCCGUUCUUGUUUCAGACUUGCCGAGCAACGUUAUCGUACCAGGCAUUGGUAGAACGAGGCAUGCCACAACUUCACGUCUUCCUGCGGUCCAAGGGUUCACAAUACGACGGACUGAUUAAUACACUAAGAUCUAUAUGUCGCGUCACAAAACAGAUCAUUGGAACGUUGAUGAUACCUAAAGAACCGAUAGGUCUCAUGACACAUACGGAUUUUUGGUGUAAUAACUUAAUGUUUGGCAAACAAGACCAAUGCGUUAUAAUAGACUGGCAAAUGAUAUCCUACAGCAGGCCCACUAACGACGUAGCUCUUUUAUUGGUUAGUAGCUUGUCAACAGAAACGAGAAGACAACAUUCGAGUGAAUUAGUAGAUUGUUAUUGGGAGACAUUUACAAACCAUGCCAACAAACUUGGAGUGGAUAUAGAGGGCCAACUAGAAUAUAGUCGAAAUACUUUAGAUGAAGACAUGAGAGAAUCUAAACUGUUGGCUGUAUUAUUGUGUAUAGGUUCAGUAGACGUCGCUUUGGGUAAUAAAGACACCGAACAGAGAUUACUGGAUUUAUUGACCGACUUGCAGGAUGAAGGAGUUUUUAGCAGACAUUUAACAGAAAUUUCGGCUUAGAUUUUCUUAAUAAAAUGUAUUUUUAACUAUGAAUUAUCUUGAAAAUUAUAGAGCUUCAUAAAUUAGAUAAAACAUAUUUGUUACUUUUUAAGUAUUUAUUGUAACAUUACACAGUUAAUAUUAAUUGUGUAAAUUAUAUUAUCCAAUCAAAUCUAAGACACCAGUGCAAUAUUAAUAGACUUCUUUAUAAAAUAAGUACAAUGUUACUAGAUUAUAAAAAAUUUUAACUAACAACAUUUUUUUACAUUUAUUAUCUCCAAUAACAAAAGAUAAAAAAAAGGUUUUUCUUGAUUUAUCAUAUAAGUGUAGUGCUCUAAAGAACAUAGAAAAUUUUAUGAUUAAAAUUUUUUGGAAAUUCAUAUUCUUUUAUUUAACUAAUUAAAAUUGAUUAUGUAAUGGUGCUGUCCAUGCCAUGUAAUGUGAUUUUAUUUAUUAAUAAAUAUAUAAAUGUUAACACAUUGAGUAUUUGUUAUCCUUGUAUCAAGUCAACUAAUUUAUUUUCAAUAAUAAA